AGCGCAAACAUGGCGGCGGCUGGCACUGGCCGGUGAGGCGGUGCCGGGCGGGGGCUGUCGGGUGUCAUGGGCGGUGGCGACGGUACCGCCCCCGCGGAUCCCUGAGCGGGAGGGCCGGGGGACUUCUGCGCCGAGCCGGGCGAUGGACGAGAGCGGCGAGCUGGGCGGUCUGGAGACCAUGGAGACGCUCACGGAGCUGGGCGACGAGCUGACCCUGGGGGACAUCGACGAGAUGCUGCAGUUUGUCAGCAAUCAAGUGGGAGAGUUCCCGGACCUGUUCUCAGAGCAGCUAUGCGGCUCCUUCCCUGGCGGCAGCGGCGGCGGCGGCGGCGGCAAUGGCAGGGGCAGCAGUGGUGGAGCUGUGGACCCCUCAGUGCAGCGGUCAUUCAGCCAGGUCCCACUGUCUUCCUUCUCCCCCUCGACCACCUCCCCCCAGGCUCCAGCCCUGCAGGUCAAGGCCCCUCCUACGACGGUGCCCACCCCACCCAGGGCAGCGCCUGUGCUCCAGCCCCGCCCUCAGCCCCAGCCCCAGCCCCCGGCUCAGCUGCAGCCGCAGACGGUGAUGAUCACGCCGACGUUCAGCACCGCUCCCCAGACUAGGAUCAUCCAGCAGCCACUGAUUUACCAGAAUGCGGCCACCAGCUUUCAGGUCCUUCAGCCUCAAGUCCAAAGCCUGGUGACGUCCUCCCAGGUGCAGCCGGUCACCAUCCAACAGCAGGUGCAGACGGUGCAGGCCCAGCGGGUGCUGACCCAGACAGCCAAUGGCACGCUGCAGACCCUCGCCCCCGCCACUGUGCAGACGGUAGCUGCGCCCCAGGUGCAGCAGGUCCCGGUCCUGGUCCAGCCUCAGAUCAUCAAGACAGAUUCCCUUGUUCUGACCACACUGAAGACAGAUGGCAGCCCGGUCAUGGCUGCCGUCCAGAACCCGGCGCUUACCGCCCUCACCACCCCCAUCCAGACAGCCGCCCUUCAAGUACCAACCCUGGUGGGCAGCAAUGGGACCAUUCUGACCACGAUGCCUGUGAUGAUGGGGCAAGACAAAGUGCCCAUUAAGCAGGUGCCCGGGGGAGUCAAGCAGCUCGAUCCCCCCAAAGAAGGAGAAAGGCGGACGACCCACAACAUCAUCGAGAAGCGGUACCGCUCCUCCAUCAACGACAAGAUCAUCGAGCUGAAAGACCUGGUCAUGGGGACAGACGCCAAGAUGCACAAGUCUGGCGUUCUCAGGAAGGCCAUUGAUUACAUCAAGUACCUGCAGCAGGUCAAUCACAAGCUGCGCCAGGAGAACAUGGUGCUGAAGCUGGCAAAUCAGAAAAACAAGCUCCUGAAGGGCAUCGACCUAGGCAGUCUGGUGGACAACGACGUGGACCUGAAGAUCGAUGACUUUAACCAGAAUGUCCUCCUGAUGUCCCCCCCGGCCUCCGACUCGGGGUCCCAAGCGGGUUUCUCCCCCUACUCCAUCGACUCAGAGCCAGGAAGCCCCCUGCUGGAUGAUGCAAAGGUCAAAGAUGAGCCGGACUCCCCUCCUGUGGCGCUGGGCAUGGUGGACCGCUCCCGCAUCCUGCUGUGCGUCCUCACCUUCCUGGGCCUCUCCUUUAACCCCCUGACCUCGCUGCUGCAGUGGGGCGGGGCCCACGACGCUGACCAGCACCGGUCCCCCGGCUCCGGCCGCAGCGUCCUCUCCUUGGAGUCAGGUCCCACGGGCUGGUUUGACUGGGUGAUGCCGACGCUGCUGCUGUGGCUGGUCAAUGGUGUCAUCGUCCUGAGCGUCUUUGUGAAGCUGCUGGUCCAUGGGGAGCCGGUGAUCCGGCCACACUCGCGCUCCUCCGUCACCUUUUGGAGGCACCGGAGGCAGGCGGACCUGGACCUCGCCAGGGGGGAUUUCGCAGCUGCCGCCGCCAACCUGCAAACCUGCCUGUCAGUUCUGGGCCGGGCGCUGCCCACCUCCCGCCUGGACCUGGCCUGCAGCCUGUCCUGGAACGUGAUCCGCUACAGCCUGCAGAAGCUGCGCCUGGUGCGCUGGCUGCUCAAGAGGGUCUUCCAGCGCCGGCGAGCCCCCCCGGCCACCGCAGCCGGCUUCGAGGACGAAGCUAAGACGAGCGCCCGGGACGCUGCCCUGGCCUACCACAGGCUGCACCAGCUGCACAUCACAGGGAAGCUUCCGGCAGGGUCCGCCUGCUCGGACGUACACAUGGCUCUGUGCGCUGUGAACCUGGCCGAGUGCGCAGAGGAGAAGAUCCCGCCAAGCACGCUGGUCGAGAUCCAUCUGACGGCUGCCAUGGGGCUCAAGACGCGGUGUGGAGGCAAACUGGGCUUCCUGGCCAGCUACUUCCUCAGUCGAGCCCAGAGUCUCUGUGGUCCCGAGCGCAGUGCCAUUCCCGAUUCCCUGCGCUGGCUUUGCCACCCCCUGGGCCAGAAGUUUUUCAUGGAGCGGAGCUGGUCGGUGAAGUCGGCUGCCAAGGAGAGUCUGUACUGUGCCCAGAGGAACCCAGCCGACCCCAUCGCCCAGGUGCACCAGGCCUUCUGCAAGAACCUGCUGGAGCAGGCUGUGGAGUCCUUAGUGAAACCUCAGGCCGAGAGGAAGACUGGAGACCAGGAAGAAGACAGCUGUGAAUUCUCCAGCGCCCUGGAGCACCUGAAGUUGCUGCACACCCUCGUGGACUCCGUGGGGAUGGUGACCCCGCCCUUCUCCUGUAGCUCAGUGCUCAAGUCGGCCCUCGGUCCAGACGUCGUCUGUCGGUGGUGGACAUCCGCAGUGACCAUGGCCAUCGGCUGGCUGCAGGGAGACGACGCAGCUGUGCGCUCUCACUUUGCUGAAGUGGAGCGGGUCCCCAAGGCCCUGGAAGUGGCCGAGAGCCCCCUGGUGAAAGCCGUCUUCUACGUCUGCAGAGCCAUGCACGCCUCGCUCUCCGGGAAGGCAGACGGGCAGCAGAAUUCCUUCUGCCACUGCGAGAGAGCCAGCAGCCACCUGUGGAGCAGCCUCAACGUCAGCGGGGCUACCUCUGACCCCGGCCUCAACCACGUGUUCCAGCUGUUCACCUGUGACCUGCUCCUGUCGCUGCGGACAGCGCUCUGGCAAAAGCAGGCAGGCGCCAGCCAGGCCCUGGGUGAGACCUACCACGCAUCAGGCUCCGAGCUGGCAGGCUUCCAGCGGGACCUGGGCAGCCUGCGCCGGCUAGCACACAGCUUCCGCCCAGCGUACCGCAAGGUGUUCCUGCAUGAAGCCACCGUGCGCCUGAUGGCGGGGGCCAGCCCCACCCGCACACACCGACUGUUGGAGCACAGCCUGCGGCGCCGCAGCACCCAGAGCACCAAGCACGGAGAGGUGGACGCCUGGCCCGGUCAGCGAGAGCGGGCCACCGCCAUCCUGCUGGCCUGCCGUCACCUGCCCCUCUCCUUCCUCUCGUCCCCGGGCCAGCGGGCGGUGCUGCUGGCCGAGGCGGCCCGCACCCUGGAGAAGGCAGGCGACCGGCGCUCCUGCAGUGACUGCCAGCAGAUGAUCGUCAAGCUGGGCGGCGGCACGGCCAUCGCCGCCUCCUGACCGCCCGGUCCCGGCUCCGGCCCGGCCCCCCCAGGCUGCUCCCUCUGUCCCUGUCUCUCCGUAUUCUGAGAGCUGGGGGGGAUGGGCCUUGUCUCUUGAGCUGUCACCGUGACCCGAGGCCUUUGGCUCACCUCAGGCCAGUGCGCCCGGGCACGGCCCCUUAGAGCUACUGUCGUAGGUGCCCGAGGUCGGGCGGGACGCUGGGAGGAGACAGCAGGGUAGGAACUGGGCGCCCUGCGGGGAAGCCCCCGCCCAGGCUCCCGCCAAGGCCUCUCUCCCUGGCGGACAAAGGCCCCGGACCCUCGGCGCUCUGCCCAGCAUGCCCCUCCCCUUUUUAUAUGAAUGUUUUUAUAUCGUGUGCUUGGGGAAGUUGCUGCGGCCUCUUCUGCCCGAGCCUGAGCCAGUGCGUCGUCUCCCCUCUUCCUUGGGGCAGCUGGGAGUCAGGUGGGAGCCGGAGGCAGGCCUGAGGGCGGAUGGAAUUAUGUCGGCAUUAUUUUUUAAUUUUUUAAAAAUAAAUGGUAUCUUAUUUAAUGGUCCUGUUCCUUCCCACUCCCCCCCGACCCUGGGACGUCAGCCUGAGCUCGGGGCAGGUCCAGGGGCGAGGAGGGUGAAGCCACGGUUGGGAACGGGGCCUGGGGGCCUUUGCUGUGUUCCCUGCUCCCCGGCUCCCCUUCCCCGACACCUACCUCUGCAGUGUGACCCCAAGAGAAGCGAGGGUGGCCGGGACCAGCGCCUGCACAGCCAGCGGCGCCGCCUCGCCGGGCGCAGGAGCUCCUGCUGCCUCCCUGGGACUGUCUCUCCCACCCUGCCGGCUGGGGAGAAGGCGGGCAGAAGGCCCAGCAGAUGGGGGUACCCACCGCAGGGCCCGGCCUGGACCCUCAGCUUUGACUCCCCUGCCCCUCCCCCACCAGGACUGCCUUGCCCCAGGCCCUCCAGCCGUGUCGUGUGUGUCCUGUGCCUUUUCUCACUGUUCGGGGGUGGGGCGGUUUCUCACUGAGGGGGAUACACCUGUGGCUUCUCCAUGUUGGCUCAUUUACCGUGUCCCAGACAGAGCAUCAAUAAACAGAUUGGUACCACCCAG